AUGCCAGACAGAGACACCAAGACCACAAUGAGCACAGAAGACACGCAUGAAAGCAAAGUCAGCAUGGAGCCUCAGGACUCGAAUCAGGAUGCACAGCCCCGAGGGCUGUUCCAUAACAUCAAGUUCUUUGUCCUGUGCCACAGUAUACUACAGCUGGCUCAGCUCAUGAUCUCUGGCUACCUCAAGAGCUCCAUCUCCACAGUGGAAAAACGCUUUGGACUGUCCAGUCAGACGUCGGGGCUGCUAGCUGCCUUCAACGAGGUAGGAAACGUGUCCUUGAUCUUGUUGGUGAGCUACUUUGGCAGCCGAGUUCACAGACCCCGUAUGAUUGGCUAUGGGGCUAUUCUGGUGGCCCUGGCAGGCCUGCUCAUGGCACUUCCACACUUCAUCUCUGAACCAUACCGCUAUGACCACAACAGCCCUGAUAGGUCACAGGACUUGGACGUUUCUCUAUGCCUGCCCACAACUUUGGCUCCAGCCGCUGCUGUCUCCAAUGACAGCUGUUCCAGCAACACGGAAGCCAAGCAUCUAACUAUGGUGGGGAUCAUGUUCACAGGGCAGCUCCUCCUCGGCAUAGGCAGUGUGCCCAUUCAGCCCUUUGGGAUCUCCUACAUUGAUGACUUCGCCCACCAUAGCAACUCACCCCUCUACCUUGGGAUCCUGUUUGCAGCAACUACGCUAGGGCCUGCCAUGGCCUAUGGGCUGGGCAGCCUCAUGCUACGCCUUUAUGUGGACAUUGACCGGAUGCCAGAAGGAGGUAUAAACUUGACCCCAAAAGACCCCCGAUGGGUGGGUGCCUGGUGGCUAGGCUUCCUCAUCUCUGUUGGACUGGUGGUACUGGCUGCCAUCCCCUACUUCUUCUUCCCCAAGGAGAUGCCCAAGGAGAAACAUGAGCUUCGAUUAAGGCGGAAGGUCUUGGCUGGUACAGCCUCCACUGUCAACAAGGGUGAGGAGCUCUCCUCUCAGCAUGAACCCUUAAAGAAAGAGACUGGAUUGGCUCAGAUUGCCCCGGACUUGACCAUAGUCCAGUUUAUCAAAGUCUUCCCCAGGGUGCUGCUGAGGAUGCUGCGCCAUCCCAUCUUCUUGCUGGUAGUCCUGUCCCAGGUGUGCACCUCAUCCAUGGUGGCAGGCCUGGCUAUCUUCCUGCCUAAGUUCCUGGAGCGCCAGUUUUCCAUCACAGCCUCCUUUGCCAACCUGCUCCUUGGCAGCCUCACUAUCCCCUUGUCCAUUGUGGGCAUCGUGUUAGGAGGUGUCCUGGUCAAGCGUCUCCACCUGAGCCCUGUGCAGUGCAGCCUCCUCUGCCUGCUGGGGUCGCUGCUGUGUCUGCUGCUCACCUUGCCACUCUUCUUCAUUGGCUGCUCUACUCAUCAUAUUGCAGGCAUCACCCGGGGCCUGGGUGCCCAGCCAGGGCCAAGCCUGUUUCCUGGCUGCUCAGAGCCCUGCUCCUGCCAACCGAAUGACUUUAACCCUGUUUGCGACACCAGUGCUCGCGUGGAGUACAUCACACCCUGCCAUGCAGGCUGUACAGGUCAUGUGGUCCAGGAAGUUCUGGGCAAAAGACAGGUUUUCUACACCAACUGCAGUUGUGUGGCAGGGGAUGGAGCAGUGUCUGCAGGUUCCUGCGAUUCAGCCUGCAGCAACCUGAUUCUGCCCUUCAUUCUCCUGAUCAGCCUGGGGGUGGCAGUGGCCAGCAUCACCCACACACCUUCCUUCAUGCUCAUCUUAAGGGGAGUGAAGAAAGAAGAUAAGAUCCUGGCAGUGGGAAUGCAGUUCAUGCUCCUGAGAGUACUGGCCUGGAUGCCCAGCCCUGUGAUCCAUGGCAGUGCCAUCGAUACCACCUGUGUGCACUGGGCCCUGAGCUGUGGGUGGCAAGCCGUUUGUCGCUAUUAUGACCAUGACCUGCUCCGAAGACGAUUCAUAGGCCUCCAGUUCUUCUUCAAAAGUGGAUCCCUGGUGUGCUUUGCCUUAGUUUUGGCCAUCUUGAGGCAGCAGAACAAAGAGGCCAGCAUGAAGGUCAUUGUGAAGAGCUCUGACCUACAGCAACAACUUUAA